UUUGACAAAGGUCUGCCUUCACGACUCCUGCUGGCAGCCAUCACCAUGGUGAAAAAUAAACGGUAGAGAGCCUAAAGGACACGUGCCAUCAGAGCUGCAAAAAAGAAACCGCUUUCCCAGAAAAGAGACUACCAGUUACUCUUAUGGAGACUUGGGAGUGUUGCAGCCUCCUCCAGUCACGUUUCACACACAGACAAGAGUCUGGGUGCUGCCCACUCCUCCAGCACAUGGGAUGGUUGGGCGGGUCGUCAGUCAGGGCGCACAGACAGCUGCUCCACCUCCAAGCAGGCGUUUGGAGAAAGAAAGGAGGAUCACAUUCAGAUCACUCCAAGGAGACCAACUAAGAGGCAAAAGUACUGUGUAUUAUUUUAUUUUUUAUACAGCAGACUUGAAGUGUGAGCUCAGGUUUGAUGCAACAGGAAUUAUUUCGGGCAGGAGUUAGAAGUGAAUGCGUGGUUUGGCUGCUAGUUCAGGAGGAGCAACGUCAACAGUAGAAAUCAGAUCUGAGAGCGACUUGUGUUUACACAGAAGCCAUCCACAGCCACGUUUCAGCAGGCAGGCAACGCACAACCUGUCCUGCCAGCCUUGGAUUUACAGUAACGGCGCUGUUAAAGGGCUGACUUCCUGCCGACACAGUCAAGGACGCACAAUAUUUUGUUUUUGUAGGUCCUUUAUGCAAGAUUCAUUUUGAUUAGCAUGCAGACUUGCAGCUGAUGGACAGGACAGCCUGAGCACAUGUUUGUGCACGUAGACGAUCGUUUCCUCGUGUGAACUUUCACUCUGGAUGUAAAAGUGUUUUGCAAACUAACCUCCAAAAACUACGCCUGACUUGUGCUGCAGCCUGCAGGGGAUGCUAUCGUUGCAACUCGUUUCAAUAAAAAUCUGUUCUUAGAACCACAGAAGUAUUCAGAGUGCCCGUGGUCGACAUGGAGAGCCCCGAGGAGAAGGAGAAUAGCCCUCCCAAGUCGGAGAAGAGGUUCUGGCUGAGUUACAUCGGCUGGUCGUCGCUGGACAGGAGGACCACUCUGCCCAUGCUGCCGUGGUUGGUGGCCGAGAUCCGCAGGAAGAGUGAGAAGGGAGACUGCGGCCCCACGGUACUUUCCCGGGAGGUCCAGCUGGUCCUCAACCCUCCUUUCGUGCGCUGCGUCCCGGCCAACAGCAACAACUCCUCCGUCUUUAUCUUCGAGCACAAGGCGCAGCUCAUCUCCAGGUUCAUCCACAACAGCAAUGAUCUGGCCUACUUUGCUUAUCUCAUGAAAGGACAACCGGACAACCCUGAGUCUGAGAUGUCCUGUCACGUCUUCAAGGCCUCCGACCCAAACCAGGUGGCAGAGGUGAUCGCCAGUAUUCGCCAGGUGUCCAAAUCAGCCCUGAAGGAAGAAACCAAGCCCAAACAGGAAAAUGAUGAAGCCUUCUACAACUCCCAGAAGUAUGAAGUACUUUACUGUGGCAAGGUGACAGUGGGACACAAGAAGGCUUCGGCCACGCUCAUCGAUGAUUGCAUCGAUAAGUUCCGUCAGCAUGAGUUGGAGCAAAAGCGUUUGCGACUCAACGGUCGACAAGGCUCCACUGAAAAUACUCCUGUGGAAUUCUUCAUGGGGAGUGAAGGCGAUCCACUGUCGGCUGCUCUGAAGGAGAGCACAGAAAACCAGCCGCAGGACGUGACUGGAGCUGGAGUUUUUCCCAUAGGUCAAGGACUUCCUUCCACUGCCAGCCAGAGCAGCCUGAGAGGAUCCUUCCCAGAAUGCAUUCUGGAGGACUCUGGAUUUGAGGAACCUCAGGAGUUUCGCACCCGCUGCAGCAGUCUUGCUGGGAGUCUGCAGAAGAAACCUGGUGAAGGGGUCAUCAUAGCUCCGAGUCGACGCAGGCACGCCAGCGCUCCGAACCACGUUCAGCCGUCCGACGCAGAUAAGAACCGUACCAUGCUCUUUCAGGUGGGUCGUUUUGAAGUCAACCUCAUUAGUCCAGACAGUAAGACUGUGGUGCUGGAGAAGAACUUCAAAGAAAUCUCAUCCUGUUGUCAGGGAAUCAGGCAGACCGACCAUUUUGGGUUCAUCUGCAGAGACCAGUCAGAGUCUGGGCAGAGUCAAUAUGUCUGCUAUGUGUUCCAGUGUGCCAGUGAGUCUCUGGUGGAUGAGGUGAUGCUCACCCUGAAGCAGGCCUUCUCCACAGCGGCGGUCUUACAGAGCAACAAAACCCUCAUCCAGCUGUGUGAAAACUGUCCCAUGCAUAAAUUGCACAAGCUCUGUGAGCGGAUAGAAGGUCUCUAUCCACCCAGAGCAAAGCUAGCCAUUCAGAAAUAUCUGGCACAGCUGAUGGACAAUGAGCAGGUUGAGAUUUUUGAGCGUGUUCAGAGACUGAAGCCUGGUUCAGACCAGGAGGAGAAUGAGCUGGUGAUCCUACAUCUGAGGCAGCUGAGUGAAACCAAACAAAAGACCCACCUUCACAUCGGUGAAGCCCCUCAGAAUGCAGCAAACUCAGCGUCAGACAGCUCAGCCUCCAGCAGUCGCUUCAAACUCGACAUUCUGAAGAAUAAAGCCCGCACCUCCCUCACUAGCUCUCUGGAGAAUAUCUUUGCAAGGGGGGCGAGCCGAAUGCGGGGCCGUCUGGGAAGCAUGGGAAGCAUUGGCAGCUUUGACAGACAGGAUGAGGAAUCCCCUGGUCACUCCCCUCCAGGUUCCCCGCCUGCUUUCCCUGAAGAUGACCCAGAGGCAGGGCAGCAGUUCCGGCGCCGUGCCCACACCUUCAGCCAUCCACCUGUGAAGAAACGCAUUUCAUUUGAGGGUCAGCCUUCCACACAAGUAAAACAGACUGUGUUGUACAGACAGCAGUCUGUGAACCCAGAGCUGCUGCAGAGCAGCUCGGCUCGCUUCAGUGCCACGGCGGUCUCAAGAACGCGCAGCGUCUCGGAGAGCGAGACCUCCUUCAGCCUCCCCUCCUCCUUCCCUGCUCCCACUUUCCUGAAAUCCUUUUACCAGGGCUCACUGGGUUCCCUCAGCUCCCUCAGCUCCCUGACAGACAGUGGGAGCCACAAGAGCAAUGGUGAAGGCAGGAAGAGGACGCUGUCUGGCUGCAGCAGUGACUCACUGACCGGAGGCCUCCCUCCGACCCCGCGCAGGGUCUCCUGGAGACAGAAGAUCUUCCUGAGGGUCGCCUCGCCCCUGAACAAGCCAUCUACAUCCAUGCAGCAACCAGACCAUGCCAACUCAAGGGAGCUGUUGCCUCUCUCUCCUCGACAUAUGGACUCUGGUCUUGAUCCUAUGGGGUGUUUGCUGCCACCUAAAGGUGACUUCCCUUCAGGGGAGCGGCCUAAGAAAACACCAGCAGAGUACAGGGCUCUCUGGAAGACAGCCAUCCACCAGCAGAUCAUUCUGCUGCGCAUGGAGAAGGAGAACCAGAGACUGGAGGAAGCAAGCAGAGAUGAGCUACACAUCCGGAAGAUGAAGCUGGAUUAUCAGGAAGUGGGCCAGUGCUCCAAAGAUGCACAAGGAUUGUGGGAGAGAAAACUCACGGCUCCAGGCAGAACAACCGUCCCACAGGACAAGGAGGAAAUGUAUCGCGCUCUGUGUCAAGGUGUUCCUAAGAUCAGACGAGGGGAGGUGUGGCUGCUGCUUUCUCAUCAGUACCGUCUGCGUCACAAACUACCGCAGCGUCAACUCUCUCCAGACACCCCUUACCACGACCUGCUGAAGCAGCUCACAGCCCAGCAGCACGCAAUUCUGGUGGAUCUAGGCAGGACCUUCCCCACUCAUCAGUACUUCUCAGUACAGCUGGGUGCAGGACAGCUCUCCCUCUACAACCUGCUGAAAGCCUACUCUCUGCUGGAUACCGAGGUUGGCUACUGCCAGGGUAUCAGCUUCGUGGCUGGAAUUCUACUGCUGCACAUGAGUGAGGAGCAGGCCUUUGACAUGUUGAAGUUCCUCAUGUACGACCUCGGCAUCAGGAGACAGUACAGGCCGGACAUGAUCUCUUUGCAGGUUCAGAUGUACCAGCUCUCCAGACUGCUUCAUGAUUACCAUAGAGAGCUGUACAACCACUUCGAGGAGUACGAGAUCUGUCCCAGCCUCUACGCAGCGCCGUGGUUUCUCACCCUUUUCGCCUCACAGUUCCCUCUCGGCUUCGUUUCCCGCAUCUUCGAUUUUCUCUUCGCCCAGGGCACUGAGGUGAUCUUUAAGGUGGCCCUGUGUCUGCUGAGCAGCCAUGAGGGCGAGAUAGUGGAGUGCGACAGCUUCGAGAGCAUCGUGGACUACCUGAAGACUACACUUCCCACACUCACUCAGGCUCAGAUGGAGCAGACCAUUGCAAAGGUGAUGGAGAUGGACAUCUCCAAGCAGCUCCAUGCUUAUGAGGUGGAGUACCACGUGCUCCAGGAUGAGAUGAUAGAAACAGGUCCUCUGCCGGAUGACUCCGACCGUCUGGACAAGCUGGAGAAGACCAACGCACAGCUGAAGAAACAGAACAUGGAGCUGCUGGAGAAACUUCAGGCUGCACGGCAGAAGAUCCAGACCCUGGAGACCAGUGUGGAGAACUUCCUUUCUCGGGAGAGCAAAAUGAAGCACAUGAUUCGCUCCCUGGAGCAGGAGAGAUCAGCUCACCAGAAGACCAUCGAACGCAUGCGUACGUGCCUUCCCCCCGACACCCUGACAGAUGUGGAGAUGACCCAGAUCAAGACAGGAGCUAACGGGAAAGCCAAAACUGCAGCCAAGAAGCCCUGAUGGUAAAUCAGGAAGCCUGCUGUGACUGGUUGACUGCACUGGGCACAGGCUCAGAAGACAGACUGAAGUCAACAAAUGGACACUGAUUAUUUUAGGUGAAGAGAAGCCGAGGUCCUCAGCUGUUGUUGUGCUGUGGGAGAAGAACGGCUCCAAACUUGAGAUGUGCGGCCUGUUUGUGGUAAACACACACUUGUGAUUGUCAGCAGAUAAAAGAGUGGUGGGAGGAUGGAUGCAGACUGUUCCUUCACUGCUCUGUCUCUAUCUUUGUCACUGCUGGUGUUGAGGUGAGAUGCACAGCAUCCUUCCCUGCUGAGAUUUUCCUCAGGAAAUCACAGGGAGAUUUUUUCUUGUUCUUUUUUUUUUUUUUGAAGGACACAACGGAGAAAUGUGUCUGCAGAUCUUUUUGAGCACUGCCUUCAGUUAUUCACUAUCAGUGUCAGUACAAAAGCAGGGAACAGAAGGUGCCUUAUGGCAAAAAUACAACAACAAAAAAAACAUCUUUUGAACCUCAGGUUCAACCUGUCACCUUUACCAUCGUGCGUAAUCCUGGAUACCAGACCCAAUCAUGCUGCUUUUGUUGCUUUUAAAUUUCCUUUUAUUAUGAAAGUUCUGCCUCAGGCGUAUCACGUUGCUUUGUUUCCUUUUUAUUCACUUGAAGUAUUUUUGUGAAUGUAAUUUCUUCCAAAGAUCAUCAUGAAUAUAUUUUGUUUUGCUCAAUGCAUUUUUCCACACAUCUUUCAUUAGUAUGCUUUAAAUUUCAGCCCUUGGCACAGUUUCCUCCAAAGCACAUCUGCUGACAUGUAAAAAAAAAAAAAAAAGAAAGAAAGAAAAAAAAGCCUCAAGUGCUCAUGGAAGGAGGAACUGUUUCUGCUCAAAGCUCAGACAGGAUGUGAUGUCGUCUGCCUUCUCAGUUUCCUGUGUGACUGACCGCAAUGUCACCUCACAAAGUUCAGACCUAGGGUUUCUCACUACUCAUGAGACACUGAAAACAACUGAGGGAGUUCAGAAGAAUGAUACCAGUCAGUGUCUUUGCUGAACCAUAAUUUGAACAUCUCACGCGACUUGCUCGACUGGCGCCGCAACGUUUAGGACGUUGCAAAAUCAGCACUUGCAUUUUCCACAGCGCAAGUUAGUUUGGUCCAGUGACAUAUAUAUAUAUAUAUAUAUAAAUAAAACAUUUAAAACAACAAUAUGAAAGGUUAAAUUCCCCCCACGCUCAUACACUUUUGCUCAGGAUACAGUUUUUGGUGCAGUUCACCUGGUGGUCACUAGGGUCUGUUAAUCUUAUGCGUUUAGCUAGAUUACGGAACUAGCAAGCUCCUACUGGUAGCUAGUGCAAGCAUUCAGCUGCUUUAUGCAGGGUGCUAGCUCACUCAGUUGUCAGUCUUACACAGAUAGCAUUAUGUUUCAGUGAUUAAAAAACAGUUCAGUUGGAGUGCUGGAAUCCAUGUGCUGUUAGCAGCCCAUGCACUCUGCCAGGUUAGUUAGCAAACUUGUGAUUAAAAGUUACCAACUCAAUAGUUAAUGCAAUACUUAAUUGUUUGAAAAACAGUGCAUUGUCCAUGUUAGCCUAGCUGCCUACUUUGGUUUGACAGCUAAUACGUUAAGCUCCUUUGUUUGUGGCCUCAGCAGGUUGGAUCAUGGCUCAUAAUUAAUGCUGUAUGUGGGCCAAGUGAAGAAGGCCAAGUAGCCCAUUCCUGAGCUACUUCAACUGGGCUGUUUGUUUGUUACUUGUUGAUGAUUUUCUACAAAAGUUCUAGCAACACGUGCAGGAUUUAGUUGGUGGAAAAACUGCAGAGGACAUGAGAAUGUGGAGACAUUUCACUUUCUUUUUUAGAUACUUUAGUUACAGUAUGUACUGUAUACACAUACACACUGUGAAAUAAGUGUACUGGCUGAGUGCAGGAGCAGACAGUUUAUAUUAACUCAAAGAGCUGUCCCUGGCUGCUGCUCCUCACUUUUGUUUAAUCCCACCACUGUGUCUGACUCACCAGUGCCAGCGCUGAUUGAAAGUAAAGCAGUCCAGGACUUUCAUAAAACAUCAUCUAAACCCAAGGUUAAUGUCUGUCUGUCAAUAAAUAAAAGAAGGAAGGAAGAAAACCCACUCACUUUCACAGUGUCUGUCAGUCUUCCUGUCGUUGUGGUGACAGAGACGCGUCCACGUCAGUGUCGUCUUUUGUUCAUUUCUAUUUGGCAUUUUAAACAUACCCAGAGCACUUAUCUGCUUUUAAACACAGUACAUAUACGUAUAUGCCUUGAGUUUGACAGGUUUGGUUGAGGAAAUGUGGUUACUCUGAGCUUUACUGCAUACGUUUGCACCAAAGUUCUUAUAUAUGACAGAGAAGCGUGGGCCUCUGAAGAACAGGGACUUGGAAGUGAAACAUAUCAGACAAACCUAAACAUCUGUAUGUGGAAGAUUUCUCUCCUGCUUUCCCUUUGUUCUGGUCACUGACAACAGAUACUUUUGUAGUGAUAAAAUUAAAAAAAAAAACUGAAUCAUUUUAUUGUAUGUUUGUUACUAAAUACAAACUUGAAAAAGUACCAAAUAUUGUCAAAGAGAUAAUCACUUGAGACGUUUAGUCCGCUGUUGGCACUGUUCACGUCUCCUCUGUUGAUAAA